AUGACUCAUGGUGAUUUUCAUGAUGGUAAUAUAUUAAUUUCAGAUAAUUACAAUGAGUUAUUUAUUAUUGAUUUAGGAUUAUGUAAACAUAUAAAUGAUUUACAAGAUCAUGAAAAUCGUGGAGUUUUGCCUUUUAUGGCGCCUGAAAUAUUAGGGGGAAAUCCAUCAUAUAAACAAGCAAGUGAUAUUUAUAGUUUUUCAAUGAUUAUGUGGGAAUUUACAUCAGGUAAUCCUCCAUUUAUGUAUGAAGAGUGUGAUGCU